AUGCAGCUCCUAGAUAUCACUGAUCAUAGGCUGCUUUGUUGGCAGGACGCAAUUUGUGAGGCCAUAACUCUAAGAUUUCAUGUGGAUUUCCUCCUCAAUUUCAUGAGGAACUUAGCAUGUGUCGUGUUUAGAGCGCGUGCCAUUCAUAGCAUGAAAUCAUUGCUUGGUUUCGACAAGGUAAAAGCCGCAGUUGACGCUUUGAACAUUAAGCAGCGAGAUUUAGAGGACCAACGCAAAGAAUUACAUGCCCUUCUUCUCACUAAAGGUGUUUCUGCUGACAGCGCUGAAUGCGUGGCGGAAGUAAUAGCCAGAUAG